AUGAUAAAGGAACUGUACCAGCAGACCGAACCGAAGUCGCACCGUCCGAGCUACGCCAACAAGGCGGUCAUACUGAGCAGCGCCAAGUGGGAUCAAAUGUGGAAGAAGGUUACCAGUCCGGCCGAGAAGGAGACGGAGGUGCUGUGUCAGCAGGAGCGCGAGUUCCGCGAGUACCUCAAGAAUGGGUCCAAGAGGAUGACCAGCACGUGGGAAAACACGGUGCAGAACAUACGCGACAAGAAGGAGGCGGAACGGUUGCGCCGCGAUAAGGCCAAGGUGGAGGAAGAUCAGCGCCACUAUCGUGAGUUGAAGGCAGCGGACGAGAUAAAGCGGAAGGAGCUGAUCCAGAAGGCGGAAGAUCUCAUCCAGAAGGACAAGGUAGGACCGCGCGUGCUGGAGAGUGCGUCCAAGUUCUGCGAGGUGCUGAAGGGGCGCGAGUUGCAGCGUCAGUUCCGGUUGGAGCAGGAACAGAUCCAGCAGAUACGCAAACAGUCGGUCGAUACGCAAACGCUGUCCCAGGCAAACCAUUGGCUGAAGUCGCACGGCGAUCGGUUGCUGGAGGAUCGGCAGCGUUUCGAUAACUACAAGCGCGAGCUGAAGGAAACGAUGAUCCGCAACCAGCAGCAGCAGCGCCAGCGCAAGCAGGACCUCAUCACCGAGGAGCAGCAAAGCCUGGAGGUGAUCGAGAAUGAGAUGCGCCGUCAGCAGGAACGCGAACGGAAAGCGCUGGAGGAGAGCAAAGAGAUGCGGCGCAUGAACGCGCUGGAGGCGAUCCGCAUGGCGGAGGACAGACGGGCGCGGUUGAGGCGUGAGUCCGAAAUAGAGGACGCGCUGCUGCAGAUCUACUGCGAUGGGCAGCAGAACAUAGCGAGCUUCAAGCAGGGCAUACACGUGAACAAGCACCGCUUCCGGGACAACACGCACCAGCUCACGGAAGCGAUCGAGCGGCAACGGGCGGCGCUGGCCCGGGAGGAACGCAAUCAGGCACAUGCCGCCGAGGAGAAGGAUCGCAUCGCGACGAUCAAGGAGCGCGAACAGACGGAGCAGCAGAAGCAGCUGAAGGCAGCCCGCAUGCAGGCCCACCUGGACGAGAUCGAGUGGCAGCGGCAACGCGAAGCCGAGGAGGCCGUGCUGACCCGGCGCGAGUACGAGGAGCGGCUGCGCAACAUCGACGUUACGUUCGGGUUCGACCGGCACAAGGUGACGGACAAGACGGUCAAGACGUACGCCCAGCGCAAGCUGCUGCUCGGCCAGAUGGUGGAGAAGGAGGUGCGCGAACGGCGCGAAGCGGACACCACGGCCGAGCUGCGGUACGCGCGGGACCACGCCGACAAGGAGAACCGCCACUUCCUGCAGUACGCGCAGGAUCUCAUCAGCGAUGCUAAGGUGAAGGGACGUCCCAUACUGCCACUGCUCAAGACGGUACAGAGCUACAAGCGGGAGCACUUCCACGACUUCAAGGACGCCGAUGUGGUGCCGCAGCACCUGCUGUCGCGCGUCCCCAUCAACAACAAGCUGAUGGAGCAGGGUGUGCUGGAUGCGAUGCCGGCCCGCCAGAAAGCACUGGUGCUGCCGAAAAGGAUGCCACCGAAGGCGCUCGAAGCGCUCGUGAAGGAUGACCAGCAGUGUGAGAAAAGUGGCACGCCGACGAACGAUUGCAAACCGCGCACCGCAGACACGAAGGUGGUUCCGUGA